UCUGAACUCUGAUCAUCUUGUUCUGUCAUGAAACUUGGUUUUUUUUUUUUUGCUAUUCAUUUACUAUGUGUUUGUGUGGAUAACAAAGAAGGAAAUGAAAGUUGGGGCCCUUGGGGCUUGCCUUUUUUAUCCUUUCUUUGAUUCUUGUCACUUAAUUGUUGUGUUGGGAGUUGGGUUCUGUGGGUUAUUGUGGUUUUUAUUGUGUUUGUGUGGAUGUUAAGAAGCGCAAGGUAGGAUUUUUUUCUUCUUGAUUAAGCAAGUGAAGAAGAUUAGAUUUUGGUUGCUUAAUCGGUGUCAUUUAAUCAUGCUUUUUGGAUUUCUUUUUAUGUUGAUUGAUCAGAAGAUAAAAAUAAUGUUUUCUGGUUUUCAUGUACUAGAUCUUGGAAGAGUACUUAUUUGUUAUGUGUUUGUUUGGAUAGAUUAAACCCAAGAACUCACACACAAAAAAAAGAAGAAGGAAUUAGUACUGUUAUAUUGAUAUUAAUAUUUGUGAAUGACUUAUGUUGCUUAAAACUGGGGUCUUGUGUAUUCAUAUGUUUUUAAUAAAUUUGGUGUCUUUGUGUGGAGCAGAAGGUUUGGGCUUGUAUUUCACUAAAAUUACACAUUUCAGGAAAGAGUUUGCAGAAUCCGAUUUGGGUGUUCAAAAGUGUUCUAUGUUUUUGGUCAAGUCGGUGGACCGUAUCAUUUGAAUUUUAUCUGUAAAUUUGAGAAUCAUCUAAUGAUGUUGGGUUGCUAGCCCUUCACUUGGUUUAUGAGCUUUUAGUUCUCUCUUUGGUGGUUAUUGCCAAUUCAAGUUUGUAUCUUCCAAAAUUUCUUAACUGAUGAUGGUGAUUUUGAUAGUUGUUUAAUAAUGGAAUACAGAACCAUUGACUUGUGAUUCCGAUUUGGGCUCCAUAUACGUCCUGAUUUAUGGAUUAUCUCUUGGUCAUUAUGGGAAACGAAAAUGAAAAUUUUUAUCUAUUUGAAUGGCCUAUGGUGCUUGUCUCUUCUAAAAAUAGGCAUAAGUGCUAAUGCUGUUUUUCCCCAUCUUUUUUUAGAUCUGGACGUUUCUCUCUCUCUCUCUCUCUUUCUCUCUCACACACACAUACACACACAUGAUGUUUCUUGUGGAACAGAUAUGAUGGGUUGCGAAACAACGUUAGGAGCCUUGCUGAAUAGUAUAGCCCGCUUCAUUCACUUAGUUGCAUGCCAAACGAUGAAAUAUGAACCCAUUCAGAAGGACUUCAGAAAUAUUGCCAAUUUAUUGAAGCUUUUGAAGACUGUGCUUGAUGAAGCUCUUGAUUUUGACAAACAUUCAGAGGAAGCACUUCUUAGAGUACUGGAGGACUUGGAUGUGCUUGUUAAUGAGGCUAGGGAAUUUUUAGAGAGCUGGCACCCAAAGAAGAGCAAGCUAUGUACAGUUAUACAAAGUGAGCUGAUGCUAGUGAAAAUACAGAAGUCUUCACUGGAAAUAUGUAACAUGCAGGAAACAUAUCUCCAAUCAUGUCUCAUUCCUUCGCAUAUGACACACAUUCAGCACUGUAGGCAGGAGCUCAAGUGCCUGGAAUAUGAGAGAAGAACCGAAGCCAUUGAAGCAGCUCUUAGAGAUCAAAAGGAGAAUCUCAUACCUCAUUCAGAAUGUCUUGUAAAUAUCAUGGAGUCAUUAAAUUUAACAUCAAAUCAGGAGCUCCUGAUUGAGAGUGUAGCCUUGGAAAGGGAAAGAAUGAAGAUUGAGUCUGGGAAAAAGAAAGGCGCUGAGGAUUUUAUCAAUCAAAUUAUCAUUUUGCUUGCUCAUAUGAGAGAGUGCCUAUUCAAUAUCAAACAAUCAGAGAACGAAGAUGGUAUGCCCCCUUCAUAUUUUUGCUGCCCUUUGUCUCUUGAGCUUAUGUCGGACCCCGUAAUUGUGGCAUCUGGUCAAACAUUUGAGAGAGCCUUCAUCCAAAAGUGGCUUGAUGAGGGAAUGGACAUCUGUCCCAAAACUCGCCAAACUCUUAACCAUACCAAUCUUAUUCCAAAUUAUACAGUCAAAGCCCUGAUUUCCAACUGGUGUGAGGUAAACAAUAAAAGGCUGCAAGAUCCCAUAAAACCCAUUAUUUCUGACAAGGCCUUAGCUUAUUCAGUAUCGCCAAGCUCCAAGGUCAAAGAUUGUCGAUUCCCAGGUUACACCAAUAACAAAAUAAAUGGGCACAUGCCUGAAUCAAAUGAAUUUGUGGGUCUUGAGAAAAUUUCUCUUGUUGGAGGCUUUGAUGGUUUUUCUCUUAGAGAUUUGGCUUCAAAGCACUCUCAUGAAGUUGACACUGGGUCCAGGAAACAGGCAGUUGAUGCUUUACUAAGAAGCUUUGGGGAGAUCGAUGUCAAGUUUGAAGAUAAAACUGUCCUUCAAGGCACCUGCCAUCAGGUGACAUUGGAUAAGGUGGCUUCUAAGGAUUCUCAUUCUCCAGAACAAUCUACCGACCAUAGCCGGAAUGAAUCAAUCUCAAGUGCUGUCUCGAGUGUUGAUUACAUGCAUGGAUCUGGAGAAGGAGAGAUUGUUGAAGUUUCAAGGGUAUCAAGUAAGUGUUAUAGCAUUGAAAUUUUUGGAGAAGAGGGCUCAGAUAAUCAUGCUACUCAAACUGGUAGAUAUUCAGGUUUAUCUGAAAUCAAUCACCAAAAAGAUAGAGAUUUGGGUUUUUCUCUAAAGCUUUUUCCUGGCUCUAGAAACCCAAAUCAUUGGACACUGCAGUCUGAAAACAACAGUCAUGUUACUCAACCUGAUAGAAAUUUGAGUUUUUCUUCAAGUCUCUCACAUGGCUCUAGAGACCCAAGUCUUUGGAAUCCAGAGUCUGAAAAUAAGAAUCUCAUGAACCCAUCAACUGUUGGCUCAACAAUGGGUAACCAAGUUAGGAAACUGGUUGAAAGCUUAGGGAGUCAAUCGAGCCAAGUUCAAAAGGAAGCCGCAGCUGAGCUUAGGCUCCUUGCAAAGCACGAAAUGGAGAACCGGGUCUUAAUUGCUGAAUGUGGAGCCAUUCCUCCCUUGGUUUCCUUGCUAAGAUCUCAAGAUGAGAAGACCCAAGAGAAUGCUGUUACAGCUUUGUUAAAUUUGUCAAUCAAUGAGAAGAACAAGAGGUUAAUAGUGGAUUCAGGGGCCAUAGACUCACUUAUAGAAGUCCUUAAUUCAGGGACUUCUGAAGCCAAAGAGAACUCUGCUGCCACUUUAUUUAGCCUGUCUGUCAUCGAAGAAUACAAGGUCAAGAUUGGUCGUUCAGGUGCAAUCCAAUCCUUGGUUGAAUUGCUAAAUUCAGGGACUCUUAGAGGGAAGAAAGAUGCUGCCACUGCUUUGUUCAAUCUAUCCAUUUUCCAUGAAAACAAGGCCAGAAUAGUUAAAGCUGGUGCAGUGAAGUGCCUUAUUUGGCUAAUGGAUCUUACUGGGGGAAUGGUUGAUAAAUCAGUGGCUGUUUUGUCCAAUUUGGCAACCAUUCCUGAGGGUCGUUCUGCUAUUGCAGAGGAAGGAGGGAUUCCUGCUCUUGUAGAGGUUGUUGAGCUUGGGUCUCAAAGGGGAAAAGAGAAUGCGGCCUCUACUUUGUUGCUGUUGUGUAUGAAUAGUAAUAGAUAUUGCACUUUGGUAUUACAAGAAGGAGCUGUUCCGCCAUUAGUUGCAUUGUCGCAGUCAGGCACACCUAGAGCAAAAGAGAAGGCACAACAGCUUCUCAGCCAUUUUAGGAACCAGAGAGAGGGGAAUGUAGUGAAGGGGCAAUUAUCAUAGGAAACAACUAGUUAUCACAGGAAGGCUUGUAAUUAUACCGUGGUGGCUAUCCUUGGGUACUUCUGUUUAUUAAGGAAGCAUUAUUGCUUGGUUCCGAAGUCGUCUAGCAUUGACAGCAUGGUAAUGAAAGGUGAAAUUUGCUAUGGUGUUGAGAAAAUUACUUCUCUGUAAUUGUCCGAUAUUAAGAUCAUCAGCUUGUUGUGCUUUUUCGGCUAUUCCUCUCUUUCUCUCUCUGUUCUAGAACUUGAUGAGUGACCACCAUGUGUUGAUGUAUCUUGUCCUCCUCAUGUGUCAAUGUAUCAUUGUCAUUGCAUGUAUAAUUGACUGAUUAUGGAGGUGAGGAUGUAUAUUGCUGUAAAAGUGUUGUUUUUACAUCUUUUUUUGGGGUUUUCUUUCUCUGUUUUGUGGUGUUUUUGGGGUUCUUUCGCUCUUCCCUGGGUGUUAUGUAAAAUAUAAAUCAUUUUUAUUCUUUUAGCUGGUAUUAUUUUGUAUUA